UGAUGCGAGACGAUAACAUUUCUUUUGGGGGUGACUGCUACACUUUCGCAGAUUAUAAUUAAUCCAUUUUGUAUUUUACUUUUCUUACGACUCGUUUGGUUUUUCAUUAAAAGUCGGAGUGAUGACGUCCUUUUACAAAGACAAAGAUCCCAGUUCUUUGGGGUUUACCGAAAAUCCUGCACAAGUUGAACUGGAAUUUGAUGAUUUAUUUGAAUAUGGCUUCAACGGGGAAGAACAAGAUGAGACAAUAAUUGUUCCCCAGAAUACCUCCGGUUCUGUAUCAGUGCCCAUGCACUCUCAUGCAGGGAUCUUCUCUGAAGAUGUCAAUGCUCGUGGCCGAUCUCCCUGUGACAGCUCUUUCCUUGAGGGCGCUGCGGGGUAUGAUGACCAGACAUACCUCAAGCACUACAGACCUGGGGGAGCUGCUCCGAGCCCGAGGAUUGAGAUUACACUAUCGCACGAGCAGUACCAUCAGAGUAGGAACUCCCUGGGGGACCAAGCACCCGUUGGCCCAGGAUACUCGCUGCCUGUCCCUGGGCAUGAGAGCAGCGCCUACCGGGAGCCACCCUGCCCAAGCCCUGCCAGUAGCAAUUCCUCUACUAGCUACCCAUCAGAUAUUCCAUCCCCCUGGGCCUCUCCAUGUGUGUCCCCUGCUAAUAACCAGGUGCUGGCAGACUUGUACUCCGGAUUCCAUAGUUUCCAUCCAUGCCACCCAGCCUCGGGCUCCCCUCACACCUCCCCUGGGGGUUCACCACGCACCAGCCUGCUGGAUGACAGCUCUCGGGGGCCCCGGUCCCCUUCCCCCCGGGCUGGCUCCCGUAGCAGCUCCCCACAAGGCAAGCGCAAUUAUGAGAUGUGCCACAGCCCCAGCCACUCCCGUGAUUCAUCACCCCAGCUAAGGGGUCUUGAGGCACACCCAACCAGCAUCCAUGCCCCCUCUGCCAGCUUGACCCAAAGUGCCAAUGGUUUCGAAACUGUUUCCCUGGAUUACACCCCCACCAAGGUCAGCAAGACCCAAGUCGACUACCUGUCGUACCCUGGGAUCCUACCGGAAGGGUCCUCCUACCAACAGGAUAUGAGGAGCACAUCAAUGACGGAGUCUUAUUAUGUCAUGCCAACUUCUUGGCCCAGUCCACUUGUCCCUGGCAUCUGCAGCUUCUCUGUCACCUCCCAGUCCCCGCUGGAGAGACCAGCUCCCAGCCGCCAUGAUCCUUAUGAGCUCCGCGUGGAGGUCCAGCCAAAGCCUCACCACCGCGCCCAAUACGAGACAGAGGGCAGCAGGGGCGCGGUCAAAGCACCUGAAGGAGGCCACCCAGUGGUGCAGCUCCAUGGGUACCAAGGUCACGACCCUCUGAAGCUCCACAUUUUCAUCGGCACAGCCGACGAACGGGUCCUCAAGCCGCAUGCUUUCUACCAGGUCCACCGCAUCACAGGCAAGACUGUCAACACUGUCAGCUGUGAGAAGAUGGUCCAUGGGACGAAAGUUCUGGAGAUUCCACUGGAGCCCAAGAAAAAUAUGGAAGCCAUUAUCGACUGUGUGGGCAUCUUGAAGUUGAAGAACGCAGAUAUCGAGCUGCGGAAAGGCGAGACGGACGUCGGACGUAAAAACACAUGCGUUCGCCUGGUGUUCCGUGUCUACAUACCUGAGUCUGGCGGCCAGCUUGUCACACUGCAAGCGGCAUCCGAUCCCAUCGAGUGCUCCCAGAGGUCGGCCUACGAGCUCCCGAUGGUAGAGAAGCAGGACAUAGAGAGCUGCUCGGUUCUGGGGGGGCAGCAGAUGAUCCUGACUGGACAGAACUUCACCUUGGACUCCAAAGUGGUUUUCAUGGAGAAGACACGGGAAGGACAUCACAUCUGGAAGGCUGAAGCGACUGUGGACAAAGGCAAAAGCCAGGCUAGUAUGCUGUUUGUCGAGGUCCCCUCCUACCGAGACCCAUCCAUCGUAUAUCCAGUGAAGGUGAACUUCUAUGUUAUCAACGGGAAGAAGAAACGCAGCCAGCCUCAGCACUUCACAUACACCUCUCUGACAGCUCCCUACAUUAAAACAGAGCCGUUGGAUGGCUCCCUGUGCGGACAAUCGAGCUAUGCAGCGUCUCAGGCCCCUGACUAUUACAGCAACCCCUUCAGCCUGAUCAACGUGGAAAGCUGCCUUGGUGACACCAUGCCAAACUGCCAGCAGCGGCACUCUAACCUUCCUGGGCCUGAUCUCUGUCCCCAGCAGCCAAACCCUCCUGUCAUCUUCCCUACGGGGAGCCGGAGCUCAGGGCUCUACCACCAGCUGGGCAUUGUAGUCCCAAAGGCCCAGCAUCCCAUGAUUGUACAUGCCAUGCCGCCAGCCCAUUCCACCUGCGUCAACGCCUCUGCAGUCCAGCUGUUGCACCCUGGCCAGAUGCUCCCAGCUUCGCAAGCGGAGCACAAGCAAGUCGUUUACGCCAACAACUGCCCCCAGGCAGCUGUCACGGCCUCAGCAGCUCUACCGGAAGCCUGCCCCCCUGUAAUCCAGCCUCAGCUCUACAGUCAGAGGCUCCCAAAGAGUAGGCCUCUCCCAGAGCAGAAGUUUCCCCAGCCUGAGGAAAAGAAAGCAGCUGCUUCUGGGAACAUCACCAUUAAGCAGGAGAACCUCGACCAAGCCUACCUGGAUGAUGUAGAUGACAUCAUAAGGAAGGACAUGACAGUCCACGGCAGAGGUCAAACGUAGAGGAUGAAUAUUUUGAGGAAUUCAGCCUCCAGAACGCUCCAGGGCAUUUGGACAGUCACCUCAUUAAUGAAGUCAGCUUCGCUAAAAAUGGUGAUUUUCUUUCUCAGUGCUUCCAAAUGGCAAAGUUUGUUGACUUUUUCCUCUGAGUUGAUGUUUAUUAUAAUACGUACCAAUGAUCCUGUACAGGAAAGCUCCACAUUAUAUGGUUUAUUUUGUUUUUCUCGGAUGCACAAUUAUGAAUGUUUUAAAUUGUGAGAUAUGCGAAUGUUAAGGAUUUCUUUUGAUCCAGAAUAUCAUGGUCUGUGUUGACAAAUGCUAAUUUUUCAUAUGUCGAUUACAUGACCGUGUCGUAAUCAGUGUAGGGUCAAAUGUUCCUUUUUAUCUGCAAACUGCAACUCCUGCAUCUUCUCGGUGGUUUUUGUGAGACAAUCUGUGUGCCGGUUCUGUGUUGAAUGUGAGCAGGUCUACAGUGAAUAUGUACGUAUACGUUUUUUCAUGUAAUAUAUUUGGAUAUUGCAAAUAUUCAAUAUGAAAUGUUUCACGCUGCAGGGUUUUCUCCCUGGGGUCCACAUAACAGAUACCUUCAAGACCACUAAAUUGACUAUCAGUAUAAUUUUCAAGGGUACCCCCCUCUCCAGAACAAGAAAUAUUAACCACCCCCCCCCCUUCCGAUCCUUAGAUUUUAGCUACUUAUGUGAUCACCAAUUAAUGGUCCCCCUGGCUCUGAUUGAGUUUUAUUUAGGCUCACUGGUUUACGAAAGGUUGAAAAACACUCUUUAUUUUAUUAUUCUGAAGGGUAAAAUAUGUCUUAUGGUUGGUCUCUGUGGCCUUGACGAUGUCCUACAAAUAUUGUCCUGAGUUCUAUGAGGUGACAUGAGGUAUUGGUGUAAAUAAGGUGAACAAGACUUUGGUAACAUUCUGUACAAGAUGGGUGCACCCAAGUGGGAGGGAAUGUACUGAACACAGCAGACUGAACCCUCUGCUAAAUCCAGAGUUGUCCAUCAGACUGCCAGACAGAGAAGCAUGAUUCAUCACUCCACAGAACAUGCUUCCACUGCUCCAGAGCCCAGUGGCGGUGUGCUUUACACCACUCCAUCCGACGCUUAGCAUUGUGCUUAGUGAUGUGAGGCUUGCAUGCAGCUGCUUGGCCAUGGAAGCUCAGUCCAUGAAGCUCCCUGUACACAGUUUUUGCUGGAGUCAAAUGCCAGAGGAAGUUUGUAACUCUGCAGUUACUGAGUCAGCAGAGCGUUAGUGACUGUUACGCACUGUGCGCCUCAGCGCUCGGUGACCCCGCUCUGUUAUUUCACUAGGGCUGUGACUUUAGGGCUGAGUUUCUGUUGUUUAUAAAUACUUCCACUUUGCAGUAAUACCACUUACAGCUGACUUUGGAAUAUCUAGCAGGGAAGAAAUUUCUUGAACUGACUUAUUGCGAAGGUGGUAUCCUAUGACAGUACCCGGCUUCACUGAGCUCUUCAGAAUGACCCAUUCUUUCACAAAUGUUUGUAAACCUGACUGCAUGACUGAGUGCAUGAUUUUAUACACGUGCCAAGGGGUCUCAAUGAAACACACAAAUUCAGUGAUUAAGAGGUGUGCCCCAAUACUUUUGUCCAUAUAAUGUUUUAAUAUCAAAUCUCACACUGUCACAUUUUGCUUGUGAUUUUGGGACACUGAGAUGCCCUAUAUACUUCAUAUAGGAAUAUUCACAAUGCAUUGCUUUUAAUGCAUAUCUUCAAAUAAGUCUCUCUACUAAACAGACAUAUCAAAGGUUAUACCAGGAAUAGCUUAGCACUGGAAUUGGAAGUGGCAUUUGUAAUGACGCCAUGUAAGCUUGUCUUCAUAAUUACGCGUUUGAGUUAGGAAAAUGCUUUAGCCUUUAACCAUUAAUGUAAUUAAUAUAAUAUAAUUAAUAAAUGCUAUAUAUUAAUGCUCUAACAAAUGCUAUUUGUGUAGCAUUAUGUAACAUUUAUAAUGGAAAGCAAAUAUACAUUGUUUAAAAACAACAUCCUAUUUACCUAUUCACAACAGCAUUUGUAUCAUUUCCAGCACAGCAAUAUGGUAUGAGAGGCACAUUGCUGGGAUGCCAGUCCAUCAUAGAGCCAAUACACACAAACAUACACAAAACCAUUUCCUCUGGACAAUUUAGAAACACCUGUUAGCCCAGUUAUAUGCCUUUGAGCUACAGAAGGAAAUCCACAUUACGCAGGGAGAAAAUGUCAACUCUCCACACAAAGAAUGGCGAUUCCAAUCUCCAGCCCUGGCAACUGUGCUACCAGUGAACCACCAUGCUGUCCUGCACUGCAAAAUCUAACAUAAAACUGAUUGUAUAACUGGACUUCAAAAGAUUUGGUAAUUUUGCUAUUAAUAUGAUUUUGCUGUUGGAUAAAGUUUGCUAUUAAUAUUAAAUUCAAACUGAUUAUAUUUAUGCAUCUCAUGUUAGUUAUUAGUUAUUUCUUUUGUUAAAAUACUUUGAUUUCACAUUUAUGUUAUUUUUUUAUGACAAACUACAAAAUGUCCAUUUUACUGAUGAAUUCGAUUGACUGUUUUGUUAUUAUAUAUUAAUUACAAUUUAAAAAUACAAUAUUUGCCAAUC